UCUUCCCCAAAAAUGCAUACAAACUCUACUUGUCUUCUUUACUUCAGCUACAGCCAAAUCAACCAUUAACAAUGUUAAGAACCUUAAGCUUCCUAUGGCUACUCAUGGCCACAAUCGCAAUGGCUCAAUCUCCACCUGUGCUCGACGCAGAUAGACGACCUCUUAGAAGUGGUGUAAAAUACCACGUACUGCCAGCUGCAACUGAUACAGCCGGCGGUUUGACUUUGAUCAGCCGCAAUGACUCUUGCCCUUUGUACGUUGGUCAAGAACCACUAUCGGAGGUUGUAUCACAAGGCUUUCCGCUUAUCUUGACAUCAAGAGAUGGAGACAGUGUUAUUAGAGAGGGCAGAGACUUUAAAAUCGUAUUUUCAGCCGCUACGAUUUGUGUUCAACCUACUGCGUGGACGGUAGGUGAGGCGGAUCCAAAGACAUCGAGGAGAUUUAUUGUGACCGGGGGAGAUAAAGAUUAUUUUAAUAUUGGAAAACAUAAUGGUCUGUAUAACUUCAGGUGGUGCCCAAAUUGUCCAAGUGGAAAUUGUCCAAAGCCAAGAUGUGGAGAUGCUGGUAUUGUGAUUGAGAACGGGAAGAGAUUGUUUGUGUUGGAUGGUCCUGCAUUUCCUUUCCAGUUUAGGAGAGUUACUAAUUAAUUUCUUUGUUUAGAGGAGGAUUGACUUCUCUUUGGCAUCGUAUUUUAGUAAAUAAAUGAGAAGAUGUCUCUUGCUGAAUGAAAUUUUAAAGUUUA